AAACGAAUGAAACAGUUUCUAAAUAAUUUCGUGUAAAACAAAGUGUCAAAAAGGAGAUAUUGAAAUAAUAUAGUUUCAUUGUUUAAAAAAAAUAUUCAACGUAUCUCAAAGUUAUUAUUUAAUAUCACGCAUUAUUACACAUGUCUCUGUCGAACCGUUCCGAACAAUAACUUUUUCGAAACAGAGGGGAAGGGAAAAGGUGAUUGUCGAACAUCUGUCACCAAGCGAAGACUACGUCUGACUACGUCUAUGAGCUCGAAAAACCGCAACACCAUCAUGGCAUCUGCUUUUGUGAUUUUUUGAAGAGUGCUAACUGCAUAUAUUCUAUAAACUAGUAUUAAAUAAGUUUUUUUUCUAGAAAGGAAUUGUUUUUUUUUUUCGUAUUUUGAAUCAGAAUCAUGAGCUCUGGUAGACCUAUCAAAUGCGUUGUAGUAGGAGAUGGAACAGUUGGAAAAACAUGUAUGUUAAUAUCAUAUACCACAGACAGUUUCCCUGGAGAAUAUGUACCAACUGUAUUUGAUAAUUAUUCAGCACCCAUGGUGGUGGAUGGAAUUCCUGUAAGCUUAGGACUUUGGGACACGGCAGGCCAAGAAGACUAUGACAGACUUCGACCUCUCUCUUAUCCACAGACUGAUGUAUUUCUUAUAUGUUUUUCUGUAACAAGUCCUUCGUCUUUUGAAAAUGUUACUAGUAAAUGGUAUCCAGAAAUAAAACACCACUGCCCAGAUGCACCGAUGAUACUUGUUGGAACUAAAAUAGAUUUACGAGAUGAUCGUGAAACUUUAAUUGCCUUAGCUGAACAAGGACUUAGUGCCAUAAAGAGAGAACAAGGACAAAAAUUGGCUAAUAAGAUUCGUGCUGUAAAAUACAUGGAAUGUUCUGCUCUCACACAACGUGGCUUAAAACAAGUAUUUGAUGAAGCAGUUCGUGCAGUUUUAAGACCUGAACCACAAAAACGUCGACAGAGAAGAUGCAUUAUGUUAUAAAUUACAAGGGAAAUGGAAAUCUCACUGAUAUAGGUAAACACUCACAUGAAAUGACAGACUGAAAUUAGUUUGGUCAUAAGAACGAUACGAUAGAUGUACUAAGAAGAGAUAGCAGCGCAUACAAUUUAAUAAAUUUUUCUGGCAGCUGCAGUUCACCGUGUUACAAAUAAAGUACAAUUUACAACUUCCUGGUCCUAAUGUAAGUUGUAACACUUAAACAAGACUUGAAAGUUUAGACAACGAGAAAGUAUAAUAUUGUAAUAAUUUUACAACAUUACUUAUUAAAUCCAUAGAAAAAGUUUGGUACAAUUUUAUGCAGAGUGAACUUUUUAAAUUUAUAUCAUAGUACGAUUAUAUUUAUCGGUGAACUAGUCAGUAUGACGAUUAAUAGGAAACAAUCAUGAGAAAUAUGGUUUAAUGAUAGCUUUUCAUUUUAUUUUGCAGUAGACUUAUUGAUUAGAAGUAUACUCAUUAAAUUAUUAUAAUAUUGUGUGAAUGUGUUGUGUCUGUCAAAAAUAAGAUAAAAAAGAAUAACAAAGCUUUACUUAUCAUGGCUGCCAGAGUUUCGAUUUUUAUAUUUAUGACAGUAGAAAAAAAGGAUAUAUUCAUUUUAGGAGGUAUACAUGUUAGUUACUGUAGCAAUCGAUAUACUAACAAAUUUUACAAGUUGAAAAAUUAGUAUCAUAGACUUAAAUAAACAGUGCCAUAGCAUCGAAAAAUCAAAAAAUCAAAGCCAGCACUUUUUACAUCAAUUGUAUGCAAUAAAAUUAUUAACAAGAUUAAUAAAUCUUUUGCAGUAAAAUGUCGAAUUUCUACGUAAAUAAUAAUGAAAUAAGAUGACACUAAGUUCGACAUUCAGCAAUGAGAACUUGUAGAUACUAUUUUGAAAAUUAUUACUAUUCUUUAUGGGAUACUUCAUUGUUUACAAUUUAAACAUUUUAUCAACAUAUGCAUAGUAAAAGAAUGAACCGUAGUGUAUUUUGUGUAUAUUGAUAUUUAUUGUAUUUUGAUUAUUUAAAAGUUAAGGAUAUAUAUUAAUAUUAUUUUAUUGCAAACAGAUAUCAAAUAUCAUACUUUUUAAUUCCAUUGUUGCAUGUAAUAGAUACAGUAUUGUACAGGUUGUGUGUUACAUAGAUACAAUCUGACUAUAGACAUUAUUGACAUUAUUGAGAGCCUAUGAAUUAUUUUUCAUAUAAAUAAGUGAGCUUAUUUUGCAAAAAUAAUAAUCAAAAUAAAUGCGGAAUAAUAAAAUAAAAAUAAUGUGAAAUAUCAAUGAUAAGGAUAUGAUGCUAUGCACAGUUACACAAGAAAGAGAAUAGCACAAUGUAUUUUAAAUAAAACCAUAACAUUUUUUUCGUUUAAAUAUUUAUAGAUUUAAACUAUUGCACUCACUAAUGAAAAGUAUGAACAUGGUGCAAAAGUCAGUGUUUGCUAUAGAAUUCACUGCAAUUACAGUUAAAAUUUUUAAAAGACUUUCAUUGAUUUAUAUUGAACUACAAAUUCAAAUGGUACUUGUGCCAUGGAUAUCAAAUAAAAACAUGCUCUAUAUAAGGGAUUCAAAUAUAACGUAGUGUGAUGAUAACAGAUAUAUUCCUCCACUUGUGAACAUGCUAUUUUUUAUAUUCAAAAAAUUUAGAAUAGAAAAGGAUAGGACUUGAGUGCCAUAUGCUUUUUAAUCUGUAAACCAACUGAAUGCCAUAUUCUGUUCGUGUUUAUAAUCAGUGUGAAUUUUGAGCAAAUUAUAACGCGAGUCCAUGAGUAAAGAAUUUUUAUCAUAGGUGAGAAUAUUCUAACAAGACAGUAAUGCUUGCUAGGUGUACAUACUGUAGCAUAGAAACAGAAAAUUUUGGAUUUCAAUCAGACAUAUAUAAGUUAUUUUUUUUUUUUUUUUUUUUUUUUUUUUUUUUUUUUUUUUUUUUUUUUUUUUUUCUUUAUACAAUUUUGAGUACAAUAAAACAUUCAAGUAAUUAGAUGUUUGAUUGAGAUUUAAAAUAUGUCUGAGAUGUUUGCAGUAAACUGUAUGCUAUAAUAUUGAAUUUAAUUUUUAAAACCUAGAAUAUUGAUUUUUAUAAAUUAAUUGUACAUGAAAUUUCUUUAUAAACUUCAACAAAUUGAAGUGAACUAUAAUAUGAUAUUUUAAUAGCUGCUAGAGGAUAUCUUCCAGAUUAAGACAUGAUUUAAUGAUGCAAAUUGUUAACUAACAAUUUUUUUGCAUCAAAUAUUGCACAGUUUUAAAUACAAAGAAUAUUUCAUACCUUUUUGACAUUUUAAGCCAUAGGAAUUUAUCCAUAUGUACAAUCGUACAUAUGUAUCGCAUAACGCACUAAGUUUAGAGAAUAAACAUAUAACGUUUAUGUAUUAUAUUACUAUGUUAUAUAUAUAUAUAUCGAUUUGCAUUUAUUGUAAGUAGUGCAAUUCUUUUAUAUAGCUUUUCAAAAUAAUUUGAUUUGCUCAUAUCAUAGUAUAUUAAAAAAAAAAAAAAAAAAAAUCUGUUAUAUCUUGAUAUAUCAAUGUAAUGCAUAUAUUCUGUUUUAAUUAAAAUCAAUAAUUGAAACUAUCGUGAUUAUAAAUAGAUUCAUAAAAAAAAAAAAUUAUCAAAUUUGGCAAGAGAUUUUCUAAUUUUUACAUAAUAUACAUAGUAUCAGUCGUAAAUAAAGUAUUAAUAAUAUAAAAAGUAAUGUUUUUAUUCACGAUAUACGGUGUAACAUGUUUUCGAGGCAGCUGUUUUAAAUAGUUUAGCUCUAUAUUUAAAUAUAUGAGAUCAAAACUUUUUAUAAUUUCGUUUUUUUAUUACAGAUUCAAUUAUAGGAUGAUAUAUUUAUCAAUGAUAGUACUCUGAGUACAAAUACAUCAAUAACAUAAAUUACACUACUUACAGCUCAUGCAGCUUAAGAAAAGUCGCAUUUUCCUUCUUAUUUGGAUAAUAUCGCUAAAAAUGCUAUAAACCAAAGCUAUGUAUUACAAUCUAUUGUAACUUUUACAGUUUUUAUUAUAUACUUUUGCACAUAAGACUAUAAAUGAAUGUAUGAAGUGUAAAAAGAUUCUAGUCACAUCAUGAAUUAUCUUCUGACUUAUUUGUCUGAACAAUGUAAUGAAUUAAUAUUAUGUGUACUGUUGAAUCACUCUGCAUUAAAAUAAUUUCUAAAUGAAAUAAAAACAUCACAUCAAAAAAGUAUAAUAAGGCAAACAAACAUAUGCGAGAUAUGGCCUAGCUUGAAAUAUUGUCAAUUUACAUGUAACAAUUCAAAACCAAAAAGGAGGAUAAAAAGAAAAAAAAAAAAAUAUACAUGCUAGAAUACGCUUUGUUAUGAAUAAUUUAUAAAAUUUAAUAUCUCUAUCUAUUUUCUUAAAGUUUUCUGUAACAUUAUACAUUUACUAAUUAAGGCAGUAUAAGAGCACUUAUUAAAUCUUAUGCUAUAAAAGAAUGUUUAACUUAUGAUUAUUAAUCGUAAAUACAAAAUAUAAUUUCCUUCAAUUGCAUUAAUAAUUAAUAAUCAAUUAAAUUUAUUAUUUGAUUUUAAACAAUCACGAAUAUACAUUUAUACAUAUAUAUAAAAUGUAUUAAAUCUGACAUUUUAAUUUUCCACUUUUUUAUGAGUUUAUUCAAUUUGCAACUCUUCUGCUGCCAGUAAACUGAAAAACGGAGUUAAAUUAUUGUGGCCUAAAGUUAAUUUUAAUUAUCCUAUUUUUUUACACGAAAGUACAUUCUCGAUAAUUAUCACACAGACAACUGAAUCGCAUAAUGGCAUGUUCUACAUGGAAGCAUUUAUUUUUUAUUUAUAUGUAUUUUGAACAAAAUCUUUUUGAAUAAACUAUACAUUAUACAUUA